AUGGCAACGGCCAGCAAUCGAGGGGGGGGGGGGGGUGCCCUGCUCCCUGCUGCAUGCCGCUCCAACUCCAAUGCAAUCGCAACACCACCACGCAGACGACUCAGCGGUUCCUGGAGGCAUGCUGGGAUCCGCAGCAUGGACCGCAUUUGGAAGGCUCAUCGAAGGCCGCUAGAAGGUGCAGAGGCACGGUGCAUAAAACCUGUCUGGGACGUGCAGCAGGCGACAACUCUGGGUGCCGGCAGCGGGCCCCAGCAUAAUGCGGGUUUGAGACAUGAGCAAAAAGAAAAGCAUAACCAACAUGUGUUGAAUAACCAACGUAUUGGUUCUAUACACACCGUGCUGUUGGCGUGCCAUUGGCGAAGCUUGUCGUUUUUCCCUCGAGGGUUGCGAGCCGCCCCUCUCUCUGCCUUGUCAGACACGACAGGCCCCCCUGAGUGCCACGGAAUCAUUCACCUGCAUUUGGCUCGCGAACGCCAGGCCUGUCGCCUGGGUACGCUGGCAUCCUCCACGCUCCUCCACCACGUGCCCGCAUUGGCAACACGCCAGGAACACCUGCGUGAGUUCGUCAAAGAGCGUGCCCUCGUCGACGACGAGCCCGCUGUCAGGCAGGCGAAGACACGCCCAAUGGCAGCACCCAUCACCAUCUCCACCUUCUCCUGUCCAUCGGCGCGCGUUCCCCCUUAG